CUACAUUAUACCUUUGGUGGUGUUCCGUUGCAUCUUCUUGGGGUCGGGGGUAGACUCCCUGGGAAUUGGACUUGGGCGUGGAAAGUGUUUAUUCGUCUGCAUCAUCUUGUAUUGCCGGUGUGGUCGAGCUCGCAGUGUGUGUACGGAAGAAGGCUAACAAGGGAACCCGAUUCGCCGUUGGAUGGAAAAGGAGUGUGUCUGGUGUUGGACUUGAUAUCCCCAUGGCUUGUUUAUUAUAUGUAUGUUGUUAUACGGAUACCUCUGGAAAUCAGAUGUCACAGCAUUGGGUGCUGCGGAUUGGCAGCCCCGUCGAUUGAACCCUCGACCAGGCCUUCUACCGGAAGCACUUGGGCCAUCAUACGAAUCGUAGUCAAAUCGCAAUGUGAGGGGGUUGGGCUCACGGGCCACCACCGGUGUCUUGGACUCUUUGAAAAGCGGCGAGAAUCUGCAGACGGGCUAUUUUUGUCACGGGCGUGCGGGCCGCUGAUUGGCGCACGGGGGCAGUUCUGCAACCUCACCGUCGUCUCGGAUCUACUUCUGUUCGCGCCGUCCCCUCAUCGGCGGCUACAAAGCUUCCUCUGCUUCUUCAGGAGCCAAUCCCUCCCGCAAGCUCCAUGUCAAACAUCCGUCUGCAGAGCCGAUCAAGCAUUCCUGCCCAAUGGAGUCAACCCGUCCGGGUCGACCGUCUGGAGCUCGGAGGAUUUGGUCCUCUGCCAAAUUAAUAGUCAGGACCAUGCGGGCCGGCAGGUGUCCAGGGCCAGGAUGGAUAGCUGUUGCAUGAUUUGCAUCACUUGCUUGCGCUUCCUGGGACCGCUCGUGUUAUUCCUCUUCGCGAAAUUCUUCGUCCCCCGUUGUCUUCCCGUCCAUGUAUCUCUCUCCCCUUUCUCAACGUUGGCGCCAUCGGAACUUUGAGUUUGGAUUCAAUCUUGGCCUAUUUUUCUUUAUCUUUACUCUUUGUUUCUCCACCAGAUGUACCAUGUGUGAACAACAGCGGGUGCGGUUGUGCUGAAGCUGGUACCUGUUCUGAAGACCAUUGUUCCAUUCAUCCAUUCACGGCUGUCUCACCUGUGGAUUCUUUAUUGACAACAAUAGCCGUCCUGGGUUUCUUUGUUUCCUAUUGAAUCACCAGGCAGACAAUCCAUCAGCGGAAGACUCACAUUCUUGCAGUUGACCUGCUUGUUCAAUACCCAAACAACCUUAUCAAAACGCAUCAUACAGUUUACGGUACUUGG